CCGCCCGCCCGCCCGAGGAGCCGGGAGGGAGCCUCGUCAGCGGCCGCGGUGUGCAGGAGCUGGGCCUGCGGCGACACCACCUCCAAGCUGGCGGCCGCGAUGGUGCACGUGCAGAAAGGCGAGCUGACUGCGGAGGAGAAGGAGCUGCUGGAAGCCAUUGGGAAAGGUACUGUUCAGGAAGCCGGGGCACUGUUAUCCAGCAAGAAUGUCCGUGUCAACUGCUUGGAUGAGAACGGGAUGACUCCCCUGAUGCACGCAGCGUACAAAGGGAAGCUGGACAUGUGCAAGCUACUUCUGCGCCACGGAGCUGAUGUGAAUUGUCAUCAACAUGAACACGGAUACACGGCCCUCAUGUUUGCUGCGCUCUCGGGGAGCAAGGACAUCACCUGGGCCAUGCUGGAAGCCGGCGCGGAGAUGGACGUGGUCAACUCUGUGGGAAGGACGGCUGCUCAGAUGGCCGCCUUUGUGGGUCAACAUGACUGUGUGACGAUAAUCAACAAUUUCUUCCCACGAGAGCGGCUGGAUCAUUACACCAAGCCCCAGGGACUGGAUAAAGAGCCAAAGCUGCCCCCAAAGCUGGCAGGCCCGCUGCACAAACUCAUCACCACCACGAACCUGCACCCUGUCAAGAUCGUCAUGCUUGUGAACGAGAAUCCCCUGCUGGCGGAGGAAGUAGCCCUGAACAAGUGCUACAGAGUGCUGGACCUGAUCUGCGAGAAGUGCAUGAAGCAGAGAGACAUGAAUGAAGUCUUGGCUAUAAAGAUGCACUAUAUCAGCUGUCUGUUUCAGAAGUGCAUCGGCUUCUUGAAGGAUGGAGACAAUAAGCUGGACACUUUGAUCAAGAGCCUGUUGAGAGGCCGCGCGUCCGAUGGCUUCCCGGUGUAUCAAGAGAAGGUGGUGCGCGAAAGCAUCAGGAAGUUCCCCUACUGCGAAGCCACGCUCCUGCAGCAGCUGGUGCGAAGCAUCGCCCCCGUGGAAAUUGGCUCCGAUCCUACUGCCUUCUCUGUACUCACCCAGGCCGUCACUGGGCAGGUGGGCUUUGUGGACGUUGAGUUCUGCACCACCUGUGGAGAAAAAGGAGCGAGUAAAAGAUGUUCGGUGUGCAAAAUGGUAAUAUAUUGUGAUCAGACCUGCCAGAAAACACACUGGUUUGCCCAUAAGAAAGUCUGUAAGCAGCUGAAGGACAUGUAUGAGAAGCAGAAGUUGGAGGCUGCCAAAGAAAAGAGUCCAAAGAAGAACAAUGGCAAAUGUGAUGCCAGUUCCAGCUGUGGUGAUGAAGAGCCGGCAGGUGCACCGGGAACCUCGCAGGAGGGUCUGUGUGCCAAGGACCAGGUAGAUGGAGAGAGAAUCUGUUCUGAGUGAGGUGGACGUAGAGGGGGACAGGAUACAUCCAGCGGGCCCCAGGCAGCCGAGGAGUGGAAAAGUAUGACAGGUGUCAGCGUGGAUGGUCGUCGCCCCGGCUGUCAGCCGGAAGACUCAUGUAACUGUAGUGUCGUCAUUGCCCGUGACACCUGCAUGGCACCAGACGGGACUCCACAUUUCAUAGCAUAAAGGCUUCCUCUGGUGCCCUGCAUGGCCUCGUUUCUGCUUCGUUUCUGUCCUGCAACGGAACACAUAAUCCUAUGGAAGAUGUUUGCUUUCAAACUACAGAAAAGGCAUUUCCAGGCCCUUCGGGGAGGCUGGCUCCCCGGCCCUGGCUCUCACAGGGAAAGAAGUCCUCUUUAAGAAAACAUCACCACCAGGGAACAAAAGGAGAAGCUGAAGAGAUGUGCGAAGGGAGAUUUUUCCAGAAAGGAGAGAAGACAGGUUGGAAAAUCGUAACUUAGGCAUGCAUCAAGCGCAGAGUAAGAGCAUGCGCAGCAGCGAGCUUGUCCAUGACA